AUGGCACCGCGGCGGGACGAGGACUCCAGCAGUCAAUGGCCGCGCUGGUCUAAAUCGAGGCGUUGCUGGGUUGAUCGCAACGGACGACCGGUGCCUCCACCCCAGGCCGAUGGGUCAAGUGUCGUGGGUAGCAGACACGCCUCCAGCUCGGCGCGAGACACAUCCAGGGCACAAGAUCCAUCAGAGCUAUCCCACCAGCUUCGCAAGAAGCUAGUCGUCCACCAACCGCUCAGCGGGCUGUUCAGCCUAAGCAGGCACGUCCACUACAGCGGCUUCGAGAACAAGCUGAUUCCAGAGGCGUCAGGCAUGGUCACGAACGGCGGUAAUCCGGAAGGGUUCGAGUCCAUGGAUUGGGAUAUCAACAUUGGACCCAUCCAUAUCCACAUCCGUUUCAGCUUCCGACCGUGGAAUGAGGCCAGAAGUGAGGCUAUAGGAUCUUCCCAGGCAAUCCAAGGGAUUCUGGAAUGCUCCGAUGCGAGAAUGCCUGCAGGAUUCAGAAAAGCGUCUCGCGAAAGGCUACCCCAAGGUUGUGUCUUCGGAGUCCCUUGGCCUACUCGUAGACAGAUGCGCAACCCUAUGGCUGGGGCUUCAUUGGAGCUUGAUGAACCAGAAAGCCGACUCUUCGUGGUCGUGAGGAGUGGCAACGACUUUCAUGUGCUUCUAAUUGCGGACCGGCGUUAUGACAACGAGCAACCGACGCAUAGCGAAGUGAAACCACGCGGCAUGAUUUACACAGGACAACAUGCUCCAGAGCCACUGGCCGACGAAGUCCCACAACGGCUGCCAAACGGUCGAGUCACAUCUUUUCCUCAACCUCUGCGACUAACGCUCGAUGACCGAAACGCACGAAUCCCGUCUACCUUGCGAGUGGAUUAUACUCAGAUCUACGUCAUUACAGAGGGUGUACCGGUACGCCGUCUCGGCAAAGCUCAUCAGGACCACGCAGACAUUCUGCAGCACAACUUCCAGUAUUUUCGGAGGGCUGCAACGCAGCAAACACAAGAGCCCCGAGCGGCCACUCAACACACGACUCGGCGUGACAGUGUUGUCGCUGGAUCUUCGCGUGAGAGGAGCCAGACGGAGCAGUCAAGGAACGAAGAUUUGGCCAGGCGACUAAGGGAGAUGGAACUUCGAGAUCCAGCGAAAUACAGAGAAGUCGUUUUGGCGCUACGAAAUCGAGCUCAACAAGCACAGGCUGACACCGACGAUGAUGAGAACGACGAUGAUGACGAUGACGGAGACGACGAUGAUGAAAACGACGACGACGACGACGAUGGAGACGACGACUAG